AUGAUCGGGCCUCAGAAGAGAAAGGAACAGGAGAAGAACGAACCAUGGCCGUCGAACCCGCAGGCCGUCAGCGGUCAGACUGGCACACUCCAAACCCAUUUUGCAACCAAGAUGGCCACACGAUCUCCCGACCAGAGCAGCCUCAGGAAGAAGACGGGGAAACGAGGAAACCGUUGCAUCAAGUGA